AUGGAAGAUCACACGAUCAUCUCACCUGCCAGUCGCGCCGCACUGAUUGACGACGUGUUCAGUUUCGCCACCGAAGGCCGUCUCAACCUCUCCGUCGCUCUCGACCUCACCAGAUACCUGGAGCACGAGACUGACUACGUCCCUUGGAAAGGUGCAAUAGUCACAUUCGAGUACAUUGAUCGCAUGCUGAGAACGACACCCGUGUACGGUAUCUUCAAGGAGUACAUUCUGCAUCAGGCUAGAACUGUAUAUGAAUACGUGGGAUGGAACAACACUGGGCCGCAUCAAGAAAAGAUUCCACCAGAUUACCGGAGCUUCGCCUACAGCACACGGGUAGCCUCUGGGGGAGCAGACGUAUGGGAAUCGACCUGGGAUUCCUACAAGCAAAGCUCACCAGGCGAAGCGAAACACUGGUUGGCGGCGCUCACGGCCACAGGGGAACCAUGGUUGAUCAACAGGCUUUUAUCCCGUACUCUUGAUCCUGAGCAACUUUCUCUGACAGAUACGGUUAGCGUAUUCCAGUAUGUGUCAGGGAACCCCAUUGGAGGAUACUUGGCAUGGAACUUCUUCAGGGACCAAUGGGAUUUGUUGAAAGAUAGAUAUGGAUCUGGUUUGUUUCUAAUGGGCGACAUUAUUACAGCUGUGACUGAAUGGUUUAAUACCCAAUACCAACUUGAAGAGCUGGAGACAUUUAUUUCGAGCAAAAAAGAGGACCUGGAUAACUUAUCUGGCGUCAGCAACUUCCUACAAGCCGUUGACAACACAAAGGCCAAUAUCCGUUGGAUGGAAAAUAACUACGGGCAGCUGGAAGUAUGGCUAGAGUAUUGGAAAACACAGAAGUCUUGAACAACGAUGCACAGCAUUAUUCUACUUGUAGGAUAUUUUGAGUGAUGCAAUUUAGGACGCGACUAAAGGAAGUUUUAAAUGGUUUUCAAAGCCACUGGAUGUAGCAAUGCUUCUAUUGUUGACUUUGGUUGGUGUUCAGAAGAAAUCAGGAAAUUACUUGAAAGUUGAAAGUGAAGGAAAAGUCAGAAGGGUUGCAAAACUUUCAGAAACAGACAAUUAAAAACCAGGAACAUAAAAGAGGCAUGAAGACUAAAGCAUGAUGACUAAGGCAUGGUUGAAUUGAGACAUUUCUUGGUGGAAAUGCUCAUUUUGAAUCGAACUGAAUGCCUCAAGAAAACUGGUAUUUCAAAGGCCGAAGACAAAGGGACAUUCAAUUGGUUAAUCCGGUAAACAGGAAGAGUCCAGCGAAUGAUUGCUUGACAUCUUUGAAAAUGCUGAACUUAUGCAUGCAAGAAGAAUGAGAAAUGUGUACUUUGUAUAUAACUAAAUGCAUAGAAAUUUUAAAGUUAUGUGUAUUAUCCCUCUGUAAAUGAGGUGCAGGAAGCAUUAUUAUCAAAGGGACCUGGAAACUAGCAAGGGCAUUUUUUUUUCUUUUGCUCAACAAAAUGUUUUGAAAACAGAUUGUUACUGUAAGUUGAGUGAAGAUCUCCCAUGUGUAGUUGUCUUUUGGCUUCUGUUUUUUUUUGUAUAAACAUAACACCCAUGAGGCUAGGUUAUCAAGCACAGCCUUAGGGUGGCAAUUCAUUCAAUCCUCGACAAAACUCAUCUACAGGUUCCUGUAUAUAACAUUUGUACAUGUAUGUUUGCAUAGAGGCCUCUAGCAUCAAGAUUCGAAAGUUGCUUUUAAUAGAGAGCUAUGAACGAUAUUUGACUUCAUGAUUUCAUCAGUGAAUGUUCAAGGUCAUCACCAUGGGAAGAGACAGAGAGGGGGAGAAGUGGAUAAGCAAGUGGAUGAGCAAGAUGAUGAUGAAGAUAAUUAACAAGGAAAACAUGAAGAAACUGAUCAAGCUACAAGUGGAGAAAGACAAAGAAAGAGGAGAGGCUUUGAGAACUUACAAAAACAAAUGGAAGUUGAAAUCUGCUACAUAACAAACACUGUACGAGGAUAAUAGAUACCCUACACUGUACAGAACGAGGAAAAAAACUGUGUU